CCAUUCAAAGCAAUGUCAGCGCCGCCCACGAGCCCGAGCUCGAGCCUACACUUCAGCAGAUCAUUUAACCGGAUCCCGCCACAGACCCUUCAUGUUGACCCACCCGGGAUGAACGGUAACCACUGGUCUUCUGACGGCUGGAAAUAAAUCAGCGCAUACUCGGAUUAUUAUAACGCAAAAACAAAGUAGCAAGGGUGUGUUGAUUUGUCUUCUGAAGGGGCAGCACAAGGCUCCAUAAAAUGACCCAGUCUGUGCAUAUAACCUCCAAACUGCCAAAUCUGAGUGCUCCUCCUUUUCUUGGCUCUACUGAGGAAGAAACAGAUCAAGGUGGCUCCUAUUCAGUACAGACGCCCUAUGGAUUCCAGCUGGACCUUGAUUUUCUCAAGUAUGUUGAGGAAAUAGAGAGUGGACACAACAUUCGUAGGGCUAAUGUGAACCCUCGGCGGGGAUCCCGGGGUGACCGUGGGUAUCAGAGGAAUUUAAGUGUUGGUGGUCGGGCCAGUGGCUGGACCUCCACCGAGUCCCUUUCCUCAACAACCAGUGAGAAUGGCCAGACUAACCCACCUUUUCUCCAGAGCCCUAUCACACCACCUAGUAAAUCACAACCACUUUCCCCAUUACCAGUCAUUAGUCCCAGUCCACCUACUUACUCCAAAGUGCCACCACCGCCUCCACCACGUAACCCUAGGGUUGAGAGAACGCUCCUUGAAACUAGUCUUCGGCUCCAACAGGAGCAAAGUCAGUUUUUCAAUGGAUUAGGCUCUAAUUUGUCUGACCUUUCAAAAGGGAGCUCCAAAGCCGGUGGAUCUAAUAGGGACUUCUCUCCAGCUUCUUCCCAGCUUGCUUCAGAUGCCCAAUUGUUACAGAUAUCACCUGUUGUUCAGAACCCCCUUUCUGGGGUCUGGACCAAAGCAAGUCCUCAGACAUCUGGAAGGAGCACGCCAGCCUCCAACUCAGGAACACUGCCUCCUGGGCAGCUUCAUACAGUGCGAGAACAGAUGGCCACUGCCCUUAGGCAGCUAAGAGAGAUGGAGGAGAGAGUGAAAGGACUACCAGUUCUAGAAAGAGAAGUUUCCAUGCUCCGUGCCGAAAAAGAAAGGUUGGCUAAUGAACUUCAAAAGAAAACAGAGGAACUUGAUGCAACGCUCAAACUGCGGGUCUCCACUGAGGCAGCAGUAGGAGCCUCUCAACCAGGAUCCAAACCAUCCCCAUCACUUUGGAAUAAAAAGCCAGAAUGCAAAAGUACUGAACAAGACAAAACGGAAAUAAAGAAACUAGCCAUUACUCGUGUAGAAAAAAGAUCCAUAGCAGUAGGCAGUGACAAUCCCAUUGAGACUGUGGUUGUUUACAAUCGCCAAGCGGUCAAGGAUGCUGCUGUCGAAGCUACUGUUGAUGUUUGUCAUGCAGCUAUUGAGACUGAGACUAGUGUCAUGCAUGAUGAGGGAAAUCAGACUGGAGUGGCUACAGACGAUGCGGCAGUCUGGGUAAUAGAAUCAUUUCUAGGGCUACAAAGUGAGACAGAACGAGAAAUUGACACCCUGCAGCACACUGUCAAAUGUCAACAGGAGUCAAUCCAGGUUCUCGAGACAAGAUUAACUCAAGCCAACCAAGAUCUUGAAGCUUUAAAGGCUCAAGAAAUUGAGAGGGCAUCCAAGAUUAUGCUGGACAAAGAGACAAUAGCGAAACCACAGACAGCAAAUGCCCAAUCGGAAACAUGUCUUGAAGUUUGUUCAGUUGGAGUGUUGUUUCCAGAUGCGACUGACCAGGAGUACUUUUCAAAAAAUGACCAAAGCAUUCAAACAGAUCCUGUGGAAACUUUAAAAGAAGAAACAGUGGAGCUAGUAAGCAUUGGUAUCCAGUGGGAAUGUCUUGAUGAUACACAAGAUGCUGAAGAACAGACAAUGUCUGCAGAGGCUGCAGGCCCUCUGAAAUCUAUCAUGAAGAGGAAGGAUGGGAGUGGUGCUGGCGCAGCUUCCAGCGGUGGCAAAAAGAGCCUGAAGUUUGUCGGAAUUCUAAAUGGAGGUUAUGAGUCGACCUCUAGUGAAGAGGAUGAAGAAGAGGAUGAAGAGAGUUCAUCAGAUGGAAGUGAGGCCGGUGCGUGUUCAGACAGCAGUGUGGAAGAAGGGGCAGCUCUAGAGGAUACAUCUGAUGAAGAGAUGAAUAUAAAUAUGGAAGAAUCUGACAGUGAUGAAAACAUGACAGCUAGGACUGAAGAUUCAAAGGACCAGGAAGAGGAAGUGAAGGAAAAGUUUGAACUAAGUGCCAAAAUGCGUGAGGCUUGUCUAAUUUUGAAGAACCACCUUAAUGACGGAGCAAAAUCAGUGAAGAGUAAAGAAGUGUUGUCCAGCACUCACAGCGUUCAGCUGGAGUGGUUCAGAGUGUCCAGUGCAAAGAUGGCCCAGCCGUCACGUGUCUCAAAUUACCUGAUGGCUUUCUCAGAGGUCUCCCCCGUCCUGCUGGAGCACGUAGUCAACAUGACGGAUGGCAACGGCAACACUGCCUUACACUACAGCGUCUCCCAUUCCAACUUCGCCGUGGUGGACCUACUCCUCGACACAGGCAUGUGCAACGUUGAUCAGCAGAAUAAAGCCGGAUAUACUGCUGUGAUGCUGGCAGCGCUUUCAGCAGUGAAGGAGGAGGACGACAUGGCAGUGGUCCAGAAACUCUUCCGUCUGGGCAACGCCAAUGCCAAGGCCAGCCAAGCGGGACAGACGGCUCUGAUGCUGGCCGUGAGUCACGGGCGUCAGGAGAUGGUGCGAGCGCUGCUGGACUGCGGCGCUGAUGUGAACAUCCAGGACGACGAGGGCUCCACUGCUCUGAUGUGUGCGAGCGAACACGGUCGGGCUGAGAUCGUGUCCUUACUGCUGGAGCAGCCGGCGUGUGACAUCUCAGUCGUGGACAAUGAUGGCAGUAAUGCUCUCUCCAUUGCUCUGGAGGCGUCCCACAAUGAUAUUGCUGUUCUACUGUACGCUCACAUGAACUACUCAAAGACACAGGCAGAUGUAUCAUCGAAAGCAGUCUCCCGAAGCCCGUCCACUCCUAGAAAAACAUGGCCCUCAGAGUAACACGUGGACACAUUAAGAACAAAAUGAAAAUAAAAACAUAACUAACUAGCUUUACUGGAAGAUUAUAACAAUUUCUGUCUUAUACGUUUAUACAUAUAAAUAUGUUUAUAUUGUAUUCAUUUUUAUGCACAUAUUUAAUGCACUAUAAUGCAACAUAAACACAUUAAUGUAGGCAAGACCAAUAAUUUUACUUAUUUUUAAUCUCCAACAGGUGUAUCUUCUAUAUUAAGUUUCUUACUGCCAUGAUGUCAGUGUUUAAAUUAGGGAGAUAAGGUAUUUGGGAUAACUGCAGCUUAGCUGUAAUCUUAUUGUGAUUACAUGGUUCACAAGCUAAACAUUUGUUUUGAUUAGCGGUCAGAAAAACUCAAGUGCAAAUCAUACAUGAGCAUGAAAUAUUGCAGCAGAUUAGGGUGAAUCAUUCAUAUUUGCUUGAGAAACUCAAUUAUUAAACACACAUCAUAGCUUCACAACACAGGCAACCUGCGACUGCUAUAAUUAUGUACUGUUUGGAAAAGGCCAGCAACAAACAUGAACUCCACCCUUGUUUUCUUUUACAGUGAUUUAUUUUUUUUAUCCUCUGAUCUAAUUGGAUAAAACUCAGCCGUUAAAAAUACUGUGUCUGGGGCUGAUGGUGGCCCAUUAGCUGAGCGUUUAUUUAUUUUUUUAUCUAGUUUUUGAACCGAAAGCACAUCGCCUAACUUUGGAAAAGAGAAAGAUUUGCCUUGAGAUGUUGACCGAUCACAGAAAGGUUUCUGAACUGAACUUGAGAACUAUAACUGAAUGAAAUCAGCCAGAAAUGGCCCCAAAACACAAAUAUCAAUCUGGACAAAUCAAAGCAAAUGGAAAAAAAGCACUUUUCAGUUGUUAAGCUUGAAAUCCCAACACACUGUGGCUGUGAAAUGUUAAAAUGUUCAUAGUUAAUUAAUUUGACAAUCUACACCUGUUGGUACCCUUUUCCAUAAUUAUUUGCACUUUACACAAAUUAAGAAGACAGGCGUUAAAUACCUGUAAAAGUCUUAAACUUAACUAGAAUAUUUACUGUAGAUUUCAAACACAGACAAUCUUUAAUUUUACCCAAAGAUGCUGCAGUAGCUCUGCAAACAGAAAUAUUUCAGAUGUUCUUUAGUUUCUCAUCUAAACAUAUUCAAUUGGAUUAUUUUUACCAGGCCUUUGUAUCAGAAUUUGUAUGUGUUUGUCUGUCAGUAUUUGGUUUAUUGUGUAUUUUACUUGGUCUCUAUGCUUUUUUAAAUGAUUGUAUCAUGCUGUGCAUCAUUUAGCAUUUUUUUACAAUUAAAGGAAACUCAUUAAGAAAAUGCACCUAUCCUACAAUAGUGGAUUUUAGUAGUGUACUGUAAAUACAUCAGUGUGACCAAUAUAUCAAUGGCUAAACCAUAUUAAAACACAAGAAAUCGGACAAAUCUGAAAGUAGUCUUGUGAAACAGAACAUGCUUAAUUAUAUUGAAUGCACAUGCGAUGUAGUUCAAACAUUAGAAAUGUCUUAACAGGUAAAAUGAUAUAUGGCUGAAAUAAAAGGCCACUUAAGUGUG